AUGUCAAGUUUAGCUAUAGCACUUCAAGGCUUCUUCACAAAUACAACGCUCUGGAAUCAUAACACCAUAGAGCGCAGUCACUAUGAAGCAGCUCUUGACGCAGCGCGAAUCUUAAGUCGUGCAGCAUACCCUCCUUCAGGAAGCACAUCACGUGCUAUACUUUUGAAAGAGUGUACAGGAACCGUGGAUCUCACGAAUACAGAGCAAGCAGACGUCCUGAGAAUCAUACAACAUCUUCAAAGUAAUGUUUAUGACGCAACCGAUGAAGCAGUCAAUGGUCUGGGAGGAAGGUCAUUGCCAAAGGAUUUACAGGACGAGGUUGACGCAGUUGUGAAACGACUCCAGAACAAGAAGCAAGCAAUCGAGUAUCGAGUACUAGUUGGAUUCAUGAGAGAUGACGAAACAUCUACACCGUCGAUUUAUACACAAGCACUGAAUUGCGAGAAGCAAGACUCCGAGGCCCAACUCGCAGUUCCAAACUCGGAGCCAGAGCCAUUAGAGCUGGGAGUCGCAAGUCAUAAGCACAUACGCUCCAUCAGCUUGUCUUCUAUCAGCGGCAUUGCAACCCUACAAUGUUCAUUGAUGGCGCUUCAAGCAUCAGCUUGCUUCUACAGGUCUCGCAAUAUGUUGAGGAGUUUAACUAUCACAUCUCUCGCGUAUAAACUGCUUCCAGAUACUUUCAAUCUAAAUAUGGCACACGCAUCUAUCGUCAUGUAG